GAGGAUGAUUUCCCAGUCGGACACGCUAAUAACUUGCCAUAAAUCAAAACCCGUUCCGCCACCGCGCAAACAAGGAAAGGAAACUGUAACCGUCCGAUCAAAAUUCAAAGAGGCAGCCCCGGCCAAGCCAUCAUCAAUCUUCUGCUUAUAUUACCGUUAAAGCGCUCCUCCCCUCUUUCUCAUUUUUCUAUUCAAACUUUCAAACCCUCGCUCUCCGACUGCCAUUCGCCAAUUAGCAAGCAAACAAUCAAACAAAGGGAAAAAAAGCGAAAGAAAGGAACCCCGAUUCCAGGAAAAAUGCCGACCAUGAAGUUCGAUCGCAAGCCGCCGCUCGCCAAAUCGCCGAUCCGCCUCCGCUCCCGCCGCGUCCUCCAGCCGAACUCCGUCUCCCUGCAGACUCCUCCCGGUUCGUUGAUGAAAUCGGCGAAACCGAGCCGCGGAUUGGCCACCGAAGUCGACAGCGGCGAGGAACUCCGGCCAGAGUACCGUUCCAUGUCCUGCGAACUUCGCGCUCUGGCGAAGCAGGUCCGCGACGAGCUCGGCGGCAACGGAGAUCUGGCAGCCAAACCGAAAUCCUCGCUCUACGGAGAAAGCUUGAGCGCGAAUUCGAGUCCGCUGUUCUUCGAGAGAGGGAAACUGUACGACGCGUACGCCGCCAAGCGGAACGAGCGGCUGCGGAAGAAGAAGAUCGGCGGCGACGCGAGGGACGAUUUCGCCAAGACGCCGUCGUACAGAUUGGGAGUGACGGUGGAGUCGUCGAAGAGGAGGGAUUCCGCGAGGAAGAUGGAGAGCCUGAGGAAAUCCGUGGCGUCGGCUUAUGGAGCCGGGCAGAGGCUGGCCGGCGGAGAGACGCCGAGGUACUUGUUGAGGAGUAUGCGUAAAGACAGCAAGAUUCCGACGGCGGCUCCCCUUCCCACGGCGAUGAGCUUUGAGAGAUCUGCUCUUCCAAGUGAACGGAAAAUUGGAGUCCGGAGAUCGGUCAGGAGAGUCUGAAUUCCGAUUGUUCUUGGCUGUCUUGCCAUUUCUGUUUGGAAUCAUUUUAGGGGAAAACUGCGGAAUUAUUUCCUAUCUGUGAAUCGUCUGCUUCUUUUAGACAUUCAGUGAAAUCUUUAUCCUCACUCUAUUCUGCAGAUUACUUGCCUCUCAACGAUUUUCAGCUCCCUUCAGCAGUUCAGCUUCCCCGUUUUGUCAUGUACAACUUCGUACUACAAUGGUUGUUAGAGGUGUUGAUUGAUCAAAUCGCGUAUUGUUAAGAUUAGCAACAGGUGUUAAAUCGAGUUGGAUAAACUUUUCGACAAUACAAAUC